AUGUGGAUGAGUGAACUUCUACGUCUGCCGGCUCCAGAGGAUGCUGACAACCUUUUCUCGUUGCUGUCUGGUUCUCUGCAGGAUUCAUCUCCUUGGGAAUCCCCGACUGUGGCGGCUGCAGCGAUGACGUACGGCGUCGGCGUCGCGCAAAACAACGCAGAUCUCGGUGGUGGUGGCGGAAUGAACGACGAAGAAUACGAUGAGAAUUCAUCCGCACGACUAUUCGAACGCAGCCGUAUCAAAGCACUUGCGGCUUACAAGUCCUUCCUCCACUGA